GCCUGCUAGUCGCUUCCUCUUUUUGAGGGUGGUGAUCCCCUCUCACGGAGUGUCCUGCUGGCGGUGUACGGUUUCGGUGAGGCUCGUUGUGCUAGGCUCGGAGGGCGACAACUGUUGAAGAAUCGGGGCUAGGUGUGCUGUACUGCACGCCGCCCGUGCUUGUUUGAGCCAGGCCCUUUUCUGGCGCCUUAGUCAGGGAACCGCCUAAGCCGACCCUAAGGGCCUCGGUGUCUGAGCUCCUCACCAAAUGCGCCAGCCCUGAGCCGCCCCGCGCACCUCCACAGUUCUUAGUGGUCUGCUCGGGGCUGGUGAUAGUGGCUACUGGUUUGUCUCCCGGCCGCAGUGCGGAACCGCGAGGCCCUCUUUAAUCCUCAGUGUGCCCACUUGGUGUCUCGCUCGGUUUCCUGAAGCUCGGGCGGCUCCCGAAAUGCCUUCUCCCGCUCUCACACUUCUGAGUGGGCACUGCAGCUUCCUUUCUCUUUUGCCCUUUUGCUAUCAUUUGGUUGUCCUCUCAAGUUUGAGCAACUUAAAUUGCUUCAGGGACUUAGAUGCCUGGUUGCUUUAUGGUUCAACACCAUAGUAGUUCAACACCAGCCUGGGCAACAUAGUGAGACCCUCGUCUCCACAUACAAAAGUAAAUAAGUAAAAAUAAAUGCUAUUUUUGAAUUUUCUCCAGAAUCUACAUAACACGCCUGUGACCCUUUCCUGGACACAAUGCAGACAGUUGCUCGCUUCCCCACCUGUACCACCACACAAUCUAGUAUAACCCUUAUGUAAUUUAUUGACCUACGUUUGUCUUCCCUACUAGACCUAAUUCCUUAUGUGGUCAAGGACUGUUUUUUUUAAUCCACACUCAACUAGUGAUUGUUGAGUGAAUAAAUGAACUUACCCUCACCUCCCUGUCUUCGCUAAUAGCAGCAUGUCUUCGCUCUUAAGUCGGUUCCUUCAACCAGUGUUCAAGAUCCCAUCCCCUCGCUAGUCUAUUAAUAGAUCCCAUGGGAAAAAUGAAAUAAAUUUUUUAAAUCCCAUCCUCUCAGUUAUUCUCUGUGUGUAUGUGUGAGCAUGUAUUUAUUCAUUUUUCUUUGUCUUGGCCCCUUCAGCUAAAAUGUAUUUUAGCUAAAAUAUCCAAAAUUCUGGCCGGGCGUGGUGGCUUACUUCUGUAAUCCCAGCACUUUGGAAGGCCGAGGCGGGCGGAUCACGAGGUCAGGAGAUCGAGACCAUCCUGGCUAACACGGUGAAACCCCGUCUCUACUAAAAAUACAAAAAAUUAGAUGGGCGUGGUGGCGGGCGCUUGUAAUCCCAGCUACUCUGGAGGCUGAGGCAGGAGAGUGGCGUGAACCCGGAAGGCAGAGCUUGUAGUGAACCGAGAUCGCGCCACUGCACUGCAGCCUGGGCGACAGAACGAGACUCCGUCUCAAAAAAAAAAAAAAAAAAAUCCAAAAUUCUCCCAUGUCCUUGCCCUUACAGCCAAGCUCCCCAAAAGAGUAGUCUACAAAUCCUGCCCAUUUGCACCUUCCCAUCCAUUGUUCAUUGCAGUCUAGCUCACAGCCUGUGACUUCAGUGAAAUUGCUCUUACUAAUGUCAUUAAUGAACGAAUUGCCAAAUUGGACUCUUCCUAUUCUUCAUAUCACUUGUUCUUUCUGUUGUACUUUAAUCUGUUGGCGUCUUUUUCUAGAAAAAGUCUUGCCUUCCUCCUACUCUUUGGUCACUUAUCAGUCUUCUUUUCAGGUUCUUCCAUCCAGCGUUGUCCACCAUUUGAAUGUUGAUGUUCCUCAGCCUUCUGUCCUUGUCCUUAUCUUUUCACAGGACAUGGUCUUCUUGGGUGGCUUCAAUUCACAUCCUUAUUGCUGCGCUCCACACCCAUAUGGUCACUUAAUUACCGAACACUUCAGUCCACAAGGAUAACAACCAACAUUUUCAGAGCACUUGGCAAUUUACAAAAUACAUCUGCCUGAAGGUACAGCACUACCAGCCUCAUUUUAUGUGUGUGAAAACUGAAGCACAGAAGAAUUGGGUGACUUGUCAGACGCUGCAUAGGUGGUCAGCAUUAUGGUCUUCAUCCCUCCAUCAACCUUAAUCACAUACUGCAUGUGACCAGCAGGAAGAGGGGUCUUGAGAAUAGGAGGGGAGAUCAAAGAAGACAUCAUCGUCUAUUUGACAUCAAAACUGGCCAGUAAGUGCACAAGAAAUGAGCUGGGUUACCUGGAACCUAACCUUGGGAAGAUGAUCUGUCAAUGGAGGUAAGCUGGGCAGGGCCUUGGGAAUGAAAGGGAACCAUCAGUGGUAUUAGAGCUGGGGCCUACAAUAAGGACCACCACUGAAAGGGGUUGAGGUAGGGUUCUGGGUGCUAAGACACUCCUCCUGGAUAGUUUGCCAGGUUCCUUGGUUAUAGAGGAGCUACGUUCUGUCCCUCAGGUCACGCGGCUGAACAGAAGGCCUCCCAGAGUGGACCCAGCACUACCCGUUGGGUUCUGUGCUCACCUAACAUUCUUCUCAUCAAUGGCUUGAUCUGGUUGUAGAGGGAGUACCCUGGGUAGUUGUCUGGCUCAAUCCAGUUUUCUAUCCAGCUCCCUCUCCUUCAAAAGGCAACCACAUGACUUAAACACACAGCUCAUGUGGGGUUUGUUCAGUGUGUGUCACUUUUCCUAGGUUGACAGAGGUCUGAGAGAGCAGACAAAGCUGAGUUUUCUGUCUGCAAAGUGGAGUAGCAGCCAGAUAUUUGGCAUUAGGGGACCUGUCCCUCCCAACUAGGCACAUGGGACAUGACCUUUGGCCAUGACUCCUGAGGGGUGUCCUUCUCUGUGACAUCUCCUCUGAAGUAUAGCAUGGCUUUGUGACAUCUCAGGCAUCUGGGCUUCCUCAGAGUGUGAGGGCCUCAGAAAAUACCUCAGAAAUGAAUGGAAGAGAUGAUACCAGACAGCAGCCUGGUGAGGCAGGCAAGUGUGCUGAUUUUUUGCUGCCCCAGGCCUCUCUCCAGGUGGCCUUGGGAACACAUCAUCACCCUGAAGAAGGCCCUGGUGAUCCCUCUUCCUUUCUCUCCUCACUGGGUUCCUGAAUUCGACAUCAGUCCUUCAGAUAGCAGCUACAUCCUGAAUGGAUCCAGCUCUGUUUUCUUGCUCUCCAUCUUUAGAUGUGGACAUUUGGAAAUAUUAUGUUCGUUUUCUUUUUUAAGUAGAGCACUGUUAAUCAAGAUGGGAAGAAGCAGUGUUUCUGCUUUUUUUCCAAGUGAGAAUUAGAGAAAAACUCAGAAAUCCCAAUUUACUUCAGAAAGACUUGAAAAAUUAUACAUAAUAGACAGCACAACAGUAAAGAAAAUUCUGAAAAAAAUGAUAAAUUCCCAGAAGUGAGACUGCUGGAUUAUAUGCUGUAUGUCUGUGUGAGACUGGAUUUUCCUCAUAUACUAUAAACAAAACAACAUAUAACAGAUUGACUGCAGAAACAGGUCAAACUUGUCUACCAAUAAGGAGAGGCACAGGUAUGGGACACUUUUGAAGGGUUUGUUCGCCUUCAGACAAACAGCAGACACCUCCAGGCUUUGUUUUCCACGGCAGAGAUGGCUAGACUCUCUUUUUGGUCCCAGGGAGUGGAGCUGGCUCGCUCUACACGCUGCUUCUCACCUGAGGAUAUCAGUGGAAAAGCCCCAGUCCUGGGCACAGGCAUGGCUGUGGACAUGGGCAUGAGCUUUAUGGGGCUGCCACUAGCUGGCCAGAAACACUGCCCUAAGAGUGGACAGAUGGAGGCCAUGGUAAUGACCUGCUCAUUGUGCCGUCAGGACCUGCCAGAGCUCAUCUCCUGUCCUGGGUGUGAACGAGUGUAUCUUACCAGGGAUGUAACUGAACAUUUUUUUCUGCAUUGUGUUCCUACUGAGCAACCCAAGAUGGCCAGGAACUGCUCUGAGUGCAAGGAGAAGAGGGCAGCACAUAUCCUCUGCACCUACUGCAAUCGCUGGCUGUGCAGCUCUUGCACAGAGGAACACCGACACAGCCCUGUCCCCGGGGGCCCAUUCUUUCCUCGGGCCCAGAAGGGAUCUCCAGGAGUGAAUGGUGGUCCCGGAGACUUCACCUUGUAUUGUCCUCUACACACACAGGAAGUACUCAAGCUAUUCUGUGAGACAUGUGAUAUGCUCACUUGCCAUAGCUGCCUAAUGGUGGAACACAAAGAACACAGGUGCAGACAUGUUGAAGAAGUUUUGCAAAACCAGAGGAUGCUUCUGGAAGGCGUGACUACACAGGUGGCACAUAAGAAAUCCAGUCUACAGACAUCUGCAAAGCAAAUUGAGGACAGGAUAUUUGAAGUGAAGCAUCAGCAUAGGAAGGUGGAAAACCAGAUCAAAAUGGCCAAGAUGGUUCUGAUGAAUGAGCUGAACAAACAGGCCAAUGGGCUAAUAGAGGAAUUAGAGGGGAUUACUAAUGAGAGAAAGCGGAAGCUGGAACAGCAGUUACAGAGCAUCAUGGUUCUCAACCGUCAGUUUGAGCAUGUGCAGAAUUUCAUCAACUGGGCUGUCUGCAGCAAAACCAGUGUCCCUUUUCUUUUCAGCAAAGAGCUGAUUGUGUUUCAGAUGCAGCGAUUGCUGGAGACAAGUUGUAACACAGAUCCUGGCUCCCCUUGGAGUAUCAGAUUCACCUGGGAGCCUAACUUCUGGACCAAGCAGCUAGCUUCUCUUGGCUGCAUAACUACUGAAGGUGGACAAAUGUCCAGGGCAGAUGCUUCUGCUUAUGGAGGCUUACAGGGGUCAUCACCCUUUUAUCAAAGCCACCAGUCUCCAGUGGCUCAGCAAGAGGCUCUUAGCCACCCCUCAAACAAGUUCCAGUCUCCAGCAGUGUGCUCCUCAUCUGUGUGCUGCUCCCACUGCUCCCCAGUCUCGCCUUCCCUCAAAGGCCAGGUCCCCCCACCCAGCAUACACCCAGCCCACAGCUUUAGGCAGCCCUCUGAGAUGGUGCCCCAGCAGCUGGGGUCUCUGCAGUGCUCUGCCCUGCUGCCCAGGGAGAAAGAGCUGGCCUGCAGCCCUCAUCCACCAAAGAUGCUGCAGCCCUGGCUGGAAACCCAGCCCCCUGUGGAGCAGGAGAGCACAUCCCAGCGGCUGGGGCAGCAGCUGACUUCCCAGCCUGUGUGCAUUGUCCCCCCACAGGAUGUUCAGCAAGGAGCCCAUGCCCAGCCCACCUUACAGACACCCUCUAUCCAAGUCCAGUUUGGCCACCACCAGAAGCUGAAGCUCAGUCACUUUCAGCAGCAGCCACAGCAGCAGCUACCACCUCCACCACCACCCCUCCCCCGUCCCCCACCUCCCCUCCCCCCUCCCCCACAGCAGCCACACCCACCUCUACCUCCAUCCCAGCAUCUGGCUUCUAGUCAGCACGAGAGCCCUCCUGGCCCUGCCUGUUCUCAAAACAUGGACAUAAUGCAUCACAAGUUUGAGCUGGAGGAAAUGCAGAAGGACUUGGAGCUUCUUCUCCAGGCUCAACAGCCCAGCCUGCAACUGAGUCAGACCAAAUCUCCUCAGCAUCUUCAGCAAACCAUUGUGGGGCAGAUCAACUACAUCGUGAGGCAGCCAGCACCUGUCCAGUCCCAGAGCCAGGAGGAGACCCUGCAGGCUACAGAUGAGCCCCCAGCAUCUCAGGGCUCAAAGCCGGCUCUCCCUCUUGACAAGAAUACUGCUGCUGCCUUGCCCCAGGCGUCUGGGGAAGAAACCCCUCUCAGUGUCCCCCCAGUGGACAGCACCAUCCAGCACUCCUCUCCAAAUGUGGUGAGAAAGCACUCCACCUCGGUGAGCAUCAUGGGCUUUUCCAACACUCUGGAGAUGGAGUUGUCAUCCACCAGGUUGGAGAGGCCCCUAGAGCCGCAGAUCCAGAGUGUGAGCAACCUGACAGCUGGUGCCCCCCAGGCAGUACCAAGCCUGCUGAGUGCUCCCCCCAAAAUGGUAUCCAGCCUGACAAGUGUUCAAAACCAGGCCAUGCCCAGCCUGACAACCAGUCACCUACAGCCUGUGCCCAGCCUUGUGCAUAGCACAUUCCAGUCCAUGCCCAACCUGAUAAGUGACUCCCCUCAGGCUAUGGCAAGCCUGGCAAGUGAUCACCCUCAGGCUGGGCCCAGCCUAAUGUCUGGUCACACCCAGGCUGUGCCGAGUCUGGCAACUUGUCCUCUGCAGAGCAUCCCUCCAGUUUCUGACAUGCAGCCAGAAACUGGGUCCAGCUCCAGUUCUGACCGAACUUCAGGGAGCCUGUGCCCUGGAGAUGGGGCUGAUCCCUCCCUGGAGAAUGCUCUGUGUAAGAUGGAAAGUGAGGAUUCCACUCGCUUCACUGACUUACUGGGACAAGGUCCCAUAGUCCCCGGUCUGGAUGCUCCCAAGGACUUGGCCAUCCCCUCAGAACUGGAGGAGCCAAUUAACCUCUCUGUGAAGAAACCUCCACUGGCGCCAGUGGUCAGCACAUCUACAGCUCUGCAGCAGUACCAGAACCCAAAAGAGUGUGAGAAUUUUGAACAAGGAGCCCUAGAGCUGGAUGCAAAAGAGAACCAGAGCAUCAGAGCCUUCAAUACUGAGCAUAAGAUUCCCUAUGUGCGACUGGAGCGACUCAAGAUCUGUGCUGCCUCCUCAGGAGAGAUGCCUGUGUUCAAACUGAAGCCACAGAAGAAUGAUCAGGAUGGGAGCUUCCUGCUGAUCAUCGAGUGUGGCACUGAGUCCUCCAGCAUGUCCAUUAAGGUCAGCCAGGACAGACUGUCUGAGGCCACCCAGGCCCCAGGUCUGGAGGGAAGAAAGGUCACUGUCACUUCUUUGGCUGGGCAGCGGCCACCAGAAGUGGAGGGCACAUCUCCUGAAGAACACAGACUCAUUCCUCGAACCCCAGGAGCCAAGAAGGGUCCCCCAGCCCCAGUAGAGAAUGAGGACUUCUGUGCUGUUUGCCUCAAUGGCGGAGAGUUACUGUGCUGUGACCGCUGCCCCAAAGUGUUCCACCUCUCCUGCCAUGUGCCAGCCUUGCUCAGCUUCCCAGGGGGAGAGUGGGUGUGUACCUUGUGCCGCAGCCUGACCCAGCCCGAGAUGGAGUACGACUGUGAGAAUGCCCGCUAUAACCAGCCUGGAAUGCGGGCAUCUCCUGGCCUAAGCAUGUAUGACCAGAAGAAGUGUGAGAAGCUGGUAUUGUCCUUGUGCUGCAAUAACCUCAGCCUGCCCUUCCAUGAACCUGUCAGCCCCCUGGCCCGGCAUUAUUACCAGAUUAUCAAGAGGCCCAUGGACCUGUCAAUCAUCCGGAGGAAGCUGCAAAAGAAGGACCCGGCUCACUAUACCACCCCAGAGGAGGUGGUAUCAGAUGUGCACCUCAUGUUCUGGAACUGUGCUAAGUUCAAUUAUCCUGACUCCGAGGUUGCAGAGGCUGGCCGCUGCCUGGAAGUGUUCUUUGAGGGCUGGUUGAAGGAGAUCUACCCGGAGAAACGGUUUGCCCAGCCAAGGCAGGAGGACUCAGACUCCGAGGAGGUGUCUAGUGAGAGUGGAUGUUCCACUCCCCAGGGCUUCCCGUGGCCUCCCUACAUGCAGGAGGGCAUCCAACCCAAGAGGCGGCGACGACAUAUGGAGAAUGAAAGAGCAAAAAGAAUGUCAUUUCGCCUGGCCAACAGCAUCUCUCAGGUGUGAGAGCCAAAAGGAGACUGGGCACGCUGGCAGCUGUUGUCCCAUGCUGUCGACCAUUCCUCCCCAUCUUGCAGCUUAUCCUCUUCAGAGUGUGGAUGGUAGAUGAGUCUUGUUGAACUGUGUAGUGCUCUUCUUUGCCAUUUGCAUCUACAGCAUUUAUUUGGGAGCCGUAGUACAUCCACUACAGAGAAGAUUUCAGUAAUAAACAGGAAAGAGGAAGGUAUUUAUUAUUACCAGAGUAAUCAGAUGUAUAGGCUCCACUUGACAAGACCACACCUGGUUAGGCUUGGGAGGACCUACUUUCCUUGGUGAAUUUUUUUCUGCCUGGGAAAGCAGACCCAUCUAACCUUUUAGUGUCCAGGGUUCAGGAGCCAUGUAUACAUCUGAACUCCUCCUGGGCUCAGAAGUGGGUAAAAGAAGGGAGAGAGGUUUAGACAUAUGGCAGGACUGUGAUCCCUGGCCCAGCACAGCCAAAGACUGUCACUGUUUGCCUUUGCUUGUCCUGUCUGGAUAGAGGCACCUGCCAUGUGCAGACUAGUGGAGGCUUCUAGAGGCCAUAGGUCUCAAUUUGUGCCUAUUUGGGUUCUAACGGUUUUCAGGGUAUUUGUUUUGCAUAGUCACUUUCCUGAUGUUGACAUAGGUGGCUGCUGUGAAAAUGCUGUGGAUGGUGUGACAUUCUUGAUUGAGCUGGGUGGCUGUGGAGAGACCACUUAAAUUUUCUGGUUCAGAUUUCACUUACAGACUUAGUAAGAUGUCCACUUCAGAGCCCGCCCUUUGUGCUACUUACUCUGGGCUAAUCACACUUCUUUAGGGUGAGAACCUGCCUUCCUAGAAGUGACUGUUGGUGCUUGUCAGUGGCCAUACCCUUCAUCAUCCUCAUUCAGAGGUAUGGAUCGCGAAUUCUGCUUGUGAAUACUGUGAGACAGCUGCUGUCUGCUUUAGGUCCAGAGUUCCAUGAGUGGAGAGAGUAACCCACAACCAGCUCACUCCUCUGGGCCUCUCCUCCUGCUUAAAGAUUCUAGUUCUCAACCUCUCCAAGUUCAUGAGCCAAAGAUCAGAAGUGAGUCUUCUGACCAGCCCGCCUCCAGGCUGUCUACAGCCCCAAAAAAGCCAACACUUUUCUGGCAGCCCUUUUUGUUGGAGGUUAGAGAAGGCCUCAGGGACCAACAGGGGCCAGAUCUAGACAUUCCUGGGGGAAGUUUGUCUAAGGUGGACGGGGAAAAAUCAAGAAGCAAAAAGCCAGUGUCCUUUGGUGACCGUGAAGCAACCUCAGAGCCUUAGUUCUCCUAGAAUGCAGAGAGAAGCAUUCUGGAAGCCAUGGGAACAGGAGCUCGAGGCUGCAUCCUGAAUGGAUCUGCAUGGCCCUCGCAGGGUGUUUGUGAGGAUACUGGAGGUCAGGCUACCUCCCAAGCAAGGGCUUGGUUGAGAAGGAACCCAUUGCUCAUAUUGUUGGGGGAGCUAUGAACCUGACAUGUCAGUGGCCAGGACUGAGACAGCUCUCCCUGGUCCUGUCAUUGCAUGGCUAAUUUCAGGGGAGUCUGAGGUCAUGGCUUUAUUUUUGCUAAGAGAUGAAGUUCAAGGAUGUUCUUGUUUGUAGGGCCUUUGCUAAUGAGCAGUUUUUUUUUUUUUUUAAUUAGGAAACAUUUCUUCUCUGUGAGUUGAUGGUAUUGCUCAUUUCCUUCUCUACCCAACCUGAGAGAUCAUCUUCACUUUAAAGCAAACCAUGCCCCUUGGCUUGCCAUUCUUUCAGCAGCACAUGCCACGUUCUAAGCAGAUGGGCUUCCGUGAUCCCGUUUUCUAGUUUGGGGUAACUGAGUCUUGAAUGCUUUACUAGUCCGGCAAUCUUUGGACUUAGGCUUCUGCCCUUUGAGACUCACAGGACUUUCUGGUUUGGGGUCUGGUCAUUUUCCUUUCAAUUUUUGAAUCUCCUUCUCUGUUCAGUUGGCUUGGCAAAGUACCCUCUGUUCUCAUGUCACUAAUUCCUGCUCUAGGUCAUCUUUCCUUUGUGCAGCCCACAUUCCCACCAUCCCUGUGAGCUUUGUUGUACUUGGUGUUGGGCAACUGGUGAGUGUUGUGACAGGCUCAGACCUGAUCCUUCCUCAGGAGCAAUUGGAGACCACAAAUUUAAAGCAGAAAUACCUGUUAAAAGCUUGGCUUUCCUUAUAUCAGUGAGGCUCCCAGCUUGGGUGUGGCCUCCUGGGCUCACGGAUCAGCUUGCUGGGCCGGCGGGGGUCUUAGUAAUGUGCUAGAGAGACACAUGUUCCCUUCUCAUCAAAGAGAGCCUGCAUGCUGAGAGGCUCCCUUUAGACACCUGCCUCUCGCUGGCUUUUCCUUUAGACCUAGCCACCAGUGUUUUCAGUCAUGGUUUUGUUUUGUUUUUGCAUGCAAAAACCAGAACAUGACUUAGAAAUUAAAAAAAAAAAAUCCUGCUAGCCAAGUGACUGCCUGCAGAGGCUCUUCAUUAACAUUUGGGCUGAUCCUGCUUUUGACUUAUUCCCAUAAUGGCCCAGUUUUGAAGUCAGCCAAGUCCUUUUGUCCUUGACAACAUCAUGCAGUGGAAAUACGGUGAGUUCUAGAUUCUUAUGGGACAGCAUGCAGUCCUAGAGGAAAAAUUGACUUCUUGGGUAUGCUGAGAAAUAAGACAGUAAAAUGGGUUCAGUUGAUGCAAGGGGAUUUUAGUUAAAAAUUGGUUCAGGAUUUUUAAAUUUUAUUUUAUUUUUUGGCUGGGCGCAGUGGCUCACGCCUGUAAUCCCAGCACUUUGGGAGGCUGAGGUGGGUGGAUCACCUAAGGACAGCAGUUCGAGACCAGCCUGGCCAACAUAGUGAAACCCUGUCUCUACUAAAAAUACAAAUAUCAGCCAGGUGUGAUGGCACAUGCCUGUAAUCCCAGCUACUUGGGAGGCUGAGGCAGGAGAAUUGCUUGAAUCCGGGAGGUGGAGGUUGCAGUGAGCUGAGAUCAUGCCAUUGCAUUCCAGCCUGGGCAACAGAACGAGACUCCGUCUCAAAAAAAAAAAAAAUUGGUUCAGGAUGAACUUGCAGAGCACUCUUCCACAGAACGUGGUUAGGUUAGCCCUGCCCGACUUCUAGCGAUUGCUAACUAUACACCUUGCCUGCCUCUAGGACCCCUACCUGAGUGGCAACCAUACCCUCCAUAGGCUCUGUUCCAUGGCAGUCCCUGCCAUCCCCCACCAGCGGACUCUGGCUCCCUCCCUGUACCCAUUUCUAGCAACAGCUCCUUGCCUGGCUGCUAAGACGGAGGCGCCUCCUUGUUUGUUCCUGGGCUCUGUUCCGCUCCCUCUCUCACUCCAUGGAGUCACUUAUAGUCUUCCUUUCUGAACGCCUGAAUUGAGCCUUUGCUCCUUCUGGAUCACCAGCUCCUGGGCUUCUUCUCCGUCCCUCAGUACUGCCAAAAUUGCCCUGCUCCUUUAGUCCAUUUCCAUGACCUCAGCCCUCUCUCUCCUCUCCUUGUCUUUUAGCUUUCUCCUGGACUUCUUCCUCUCCCCAGCAUGAACCCAGAGCCUAUCACACACUGAUGUUUUUAUCAGCAUCCUGAACUUUCUCAUGCCCUUCAACUUUUUUUAUUUUUUUUAUUUUUUUUUUUAUUUUUUGAGAGACAGAGUCUCACUCUGCCAUGCAGGCUGGAGUGCAGUGGUAUGAUGUCGGCUCAUUGCAACCUCUGCCUUCUUGGCUCAGGUGAUCCUCCCAUCUCAGCCUCCUGAGUAGCUGGGACUACAGGUGCAUGCCACCAUGCCUGGCUAAUUUUUCUACUUUAGGUAGAGAUGGAGUUUCGCCAUGUUGCUCAAGCUGGUAUCAACACUCCUGGGCUCAAGCGAUCUGCUUCCCUUGGCCUCCCAAAGUGCUGGGAUUACAGGCGUGAGCCACUGCGCCAGGCGUAUCCCCUUCAAUUUUGCUGAAACUAUCAGCCAUUCUCCAUUUUCGGCAUCAUCAUAUUUGCUGCUUCCACCUCCUGGGCUGCUAUGCAUGACAGAUUCACAGUUGGCAGCCUCAGUUGAGCUCUCAGUAUUGACUGGAAAUUCUUCAACUUGUUGUGAUCCCUUUUUUUUUCCCCACCCAUGCCUCCAUCUUUGUCCUCCACAAAUGACUGAGCUCACUGUCUACUUCACAGAAGACAGCCCCUAAAGCAAGAGCUUCCUUGCCUGCUGUUCCUCUCUCCCCUCUCAUUCAUCUGUGUCUGUAACUCUCCCCAACCCCUCCAUUCUUGCUCCUGUUUAAUUCUCUAUAUCUUGAAUCCUGUUGUAUGUCCUCCAAGACUGCUCCCUCGCUUAGUCCACUGCUCCCACUCCCUGGAGUCUCCAGCCUCUGUCUCCACUGGUUACCUCCACACAGCCUGCAAACAAGUUCUCCGCAAGAUUAAAACAGCAUUUCUCAGAGUCUGUUACCCCUUACACAUUUUCCUUGUUAACCAAGUUACUUUUAAAAAGAUCCUUUUUAAACUGAUUCUUCCUCAGCUGUUCUUCAGCCCUCUAUACUUUUUCAUAAAAGUCACCAGUGACUGCCCAGUUGCCAAAUAGAAUGAAUACCUUUCAGUGCUCAGCUGUCUUGACCUCUCCGCAGCAUUUCACACCACCCACCAACCCUCAGUGAAACAACCUCCUCCCUUAGCUUUUAUGACACCACAAGUCUCUGGAUUCUCAGAGAAUCCAGAAAAACAAGUCUCUGGAUUCUCUCCUCUUACCUCUCAGCCCACACAGGCUGAGCUGUCCUUGAAACCUAGAUGGGGGAAAUGUCUGUGGCUGUCUGUGGUCCCUUCUUUUCAGGAGUUGGGUAGGGAGGAAGAAUCACAGCUGCUCCUGCUUCCUCUGUCUGUCUCUCUAUUUCCUGAGUCCCUUCCUUUUCCUGAACUCAGUUCUCCUCAUGCCAACCAUGUUUAUGAGCUCCUGCUGGGAGGACAGCAUCUGUGAGUCCUUCCCUCUGUCUCUCCCAGACAACACAGAGGUUUUAGCCAUGUUUGCUAAGAGACCCCAUCUAAGUCAGCCCAAGGGUGUGGAUUAGGUUUUACAGCAUCCAGGCCGCAGUCUGGCUAAACUGGAUUACCAGGCUGGUGGGCAGCUCCUCACCAUGAUCCUGCACCAGUUAGAGCCUGCUGCAGUUGGGAAGGAGCCUGGGAUUGUGGUAAGAUGUGUUUCCAUGCAUGUCAGUGCUGCUAACCAGGAGGAGAACCUGGCAGGGUGGGUGCCUGCUGCUGAUAACAUUCGGAUGGAGGGAGACUAGGGAGCGCGGUGGCUGCUCCCUUGCUGGGGCUCAGCUGGAGUCAGCAUGACUCCUUAUAUCAGGGCCUUUCCCACCUGUGCUGAUCACCACCACCUGCUUGCUCCAGUUGUUUCUGGAGUUGGAGGCAGCUAUUGGUUGCUUUCUUGGAGGUAAGGAGGUAUAUACUAGAAAGAUAUCUGAUUUGAGAGUCUGAACACCAAAAUUUUUGGCUCUUUCCAUUAUGAGCUGUGUAACCUUGGAUACGGUUUCCUCAUCUAUAAAGUUGUGGUGGGAGAAUGGCUGAGAACAGUGAUCUCUCAGCUCUCCAGCUGUAAAGAUGUUAAUUAUGAUUUUAACUCUCAAGAUCAGGCCACAUAAGGAACAGGGGAAUUCCAGGGGUGGGACACAGCUGGGGGAGUCCAGACCAGGGCAGGGAAAGGAGACUCACAAGCUAAACAGAGCUGCUUUGGGGAAAGUUCUUAUCAGCUGGUGCUGCUUCCUGAGCCAUAUGCCCAUUCCUCAAGCUGCACCCCUUUCUUGGCUAUGUAGGAUGAGUUCCUCCUAGGCCCUUGUUAGGAGUGGCUAUUGGAUCCUAAGCGGUUGGGGCAUGAGGGAGGAUAUUUUAAAGGGAAGUAUAGCUGAUCUUAAAAGAACCUAUACAUUCAAGAACAAAUAAAAAACAGCACUUUUCUUUACCAAGAA